AGUGAAGUCGAUCGCUAUUUUUGGAGAGAAAAUAAUUGAGUUCGGAAAUGGACAGCUACUUGGGAUUGGCGCAGAGCAAGGUGAAGCCACGUAGCGUGGUAGACGCAUUUUCAAAUCGAACUGCAACGAUUAAACAAAGACCCGCCCGUGCCUAUGGAUAUGCCACAACGUCGAGGCCAAUAUCAUCUUCAUCGAUUGUGAUAGACACGGCUGCUCAGCUCCGUUAUCUACAGGACGAACAUCGGAAGGUUUUGGAAAAGUAUAAGCAACUCGAAGAGAGCUACUCAUCACUGCAAGCCGAUUACACGAAGGUGAUGGCCGACAAUGAACGGCUUCAGGGGGCAUAUGAGGAGCUACAGGAAAAUUACAACGGCGUUACUGCGAAGAACUUUAACGCGGGCAAAUUUCUAGUGUACUUAAAACUAAAGCGACGCACAGAUAAGGAAACGCUAGAGAAGCGUAACAUAAUCAAAAAUGAAGCUUGUUUCAAUACCUACCUGCAGGAUGUCGUUAUGCUGGAUCAUCCGCGGAUACCAAAGGUCGUACACGAGUGCAUCGCGGUGCUAGAGGCAAACGAGAAAUUUAUGAAGAGUCCUGGUUUAUAUCGGGUGUCGGGGGACCACAACACGAUACAAAACCUGCGGUAUGACAUAAACGCGAACAACUACAAGCGACUCCGUAAACUUAAAUCUCCUCACGAAGUUUGCGGAAUAUUGAAGCUAUUUCUGCGCGAGCUUAAGGAUCCACUAAUAUCGCUGGAAACUUGUGAAAAGUUCCUAUCCGACGUUGAACAGUUAAGUGAGUGGUUGUUAUCCGCACUGAUCAACAGUCUGGAUGAUGUGAGACAAAAUACGCUCAAAGUUCUGAUGAAACACCUUCGAAAUGUCGCCGCAUACGAGGAGAAUGAAGUGGACAGUUUCAGUUUGGCUUUGCUGUUUAGUUCGUUGAUUUUCAACGAAACGCUUGCCGAUGUGUGUCCGGUUAAAUUUCAAAAUCUGACCGCAGUUCCACGAGAAUGCAUACUCGCUAUGAUGGAGGAUUUUGAAGCAAUAUUUGAUUAGAACGCAGCAUGGAACAUUUGCCAUUUACAUGCUGCAGAUGUUUGUCAGUAUAAAUCAAUGAAACGUAACCAUUUUUGUGAGAAAAAAAGUUAUCUAAAAAUGCACAUCACCAUAGGGUAACGAUUUGUCACAGCAAAUAAUCAAAAAAGAGAUGAUUUUGAAAUUCAUGUUGGUGAAAUGAUAAGCUAAAUUACCGUGUUGAAAACAAAAAUAAAUACAAUUUAA